CUGCCUUAAAACUUGAGAACAGAAGGCCCGUGGAAGAACGACCUACUUCAUAGUUCAUACGGCUCAAGGUCGACGCCUGCCGCCGGCCAUUUGAAGAGAAUCAAAGGGAAGCAAGCCGUGGAGCUACCUGGUAGACGAGAACUAAGAGGCGGCUUGAGGGGGGAAACGAGGAUUUCUGUGAUUGCAGGUUGAGGAGAGCGAUUCGCCAUUUCAGAAGGAAGGGAACGAAGCUUCGAUUUGAAGAGAAGAUAGGGUCUUGAAGGAGUUUUAAGGUAGACGAGGAAGCUUGCUAUCUGCACGGUUCUGCCACCGUUGCUCUUCCGACUGUCUUCGCCGUCAAACACUAGUUCUUGCUCAUUCUCCUAUUCAAUUGUUGCAAACUUUGCUUAGAAAAGUUCAAAGUCUUCGUCUUGUAAGUUUUAUCGAGACGGGUUGUAGGCGGUUAAGAAGGCAGAGAUGGCUCGUCUACGAAAUAAGAACAGGAAGGUGUUCUCCAAGCCGAGUGUGAAAAAGAAGGCAGCACCUACCGUGGAUCAUGUCACUGGCGACAAGAUUCCCAAGAGCUUCGUCUUUUCCAGAGGGAAGUUGCCCGGUUCUCUGAGGCAGCUUCAGAUGGAUUUGAGAAAGUUAAUGCUGCCAUUUACAGCUCUUAAUCUGAAGGAGAAGAAGAGGAACAAUCUCAGGGACUUCUUAAAUGUUGCUGGUCCGAUGGGUGUUACACAUUUUCUGAUGUUGUCCAAAACAGAUGCAGCGCCAUAUAUGAAGGUUGCUAGAACUCCACAAGGACCGACAGUUACAUUUAAGAUCAACCAGUAUUCACUGGCAUCUGAUAUUACUCAGUCUCAAUUGCGCCCUAGAUGUCCACCGGACCUGUACAAGAAUCCUCCUUUGAUUGUUCUUUCUGGCUUUGGGUCUGGAGAACAACAUUUAAAACUGACAACUAUAAUGUUUCAGAAUAUGUUUCCAGCUAUUGACAUCAACACUGUAAAGCUCUCUUCUUGCCAAAGAAUCGUUCUACUCAACUAUAAUAAAGAUACAAAGCUCAUUGACUUUAGGCAUUACUCUAUUCGACUCCAACCUGUGGGUGUCUCCCGCCGGAUCAGAAAGUUUGUGCAGAAUCAUCAAGUUCCUGAUCUCCGGAGUCUCCAGGACGUGAGUGACUUCAUAACAAAGGCUGGUUAUGGAUCAGAAAGUGAAGGAGAUGAGGAAGCAGCAACUGUUACCCUUCCUUGUGAUCUUGGUCGAGUCAAUCGGGCGACUUCGAAAAGUGCUGUCAAGCUUCAAGAGAUUGGCCCGAGGAUGACCCUUCAGCUCCUCAGAGUGGAGGAGGGCUUGUGCUCUGGAACUGUCAUCUUCAGCGAAUACGGAACUGCCAACGACAAGAAAACACCUGGAAAAGAGAAUCAGAAGAAUCAAGGUGGUCAUGAAGAUGACGAAGACGACGACGAUGAUGACGAGGAUGUAGAUGAAGAGCAAGAAGAUGAUGAGGAGGCCUCUGAGUAGAUUGGAAAAAUCAGCCGCUUGAGAGGCGUUGGCUCACCAGAGGAAGUGUUUUUGGUUUCUUUUAAGCGGGAAGGAAAUGCGUUCUUUUUUCCUUCCACCUGUCAACUGUUUUUGCUAUGCUGUGAUAGUGGAACAAAUGCUUGUUAAGUUGUUAUAUACAGUUCCGUUGCUCAAACUAAUGGAUUAAUACAGCAAAAGCCAUAGUUAUCGGCACAUGAUCCU